CAUCAGCGUCAACUUCAUUGUCAUCAUUAGCUGUAUCAUUAUUAUCGUCGUCGUGGUUGUUAGCGUUGCCCUGCGGAACGGGCGAGCGGACAGCGAAGCAAGUGCAUUUUCGAGACGGCGUCAACUGAAUUUGAGUUCUUCUUCUUUCAAGCAGUGCCGCGCCAGGCAGAAGCAAGAGCAAGAGCAAGCAUUAAUUAGAUCGAUAACAGCUGAGCGAUCCAAUCAAGCAUGAUCAAGUUCCGCUACAAGCGAAAGGAGCCCAGCAACCUGGUUGCCAGCAGCAGCUCCCCGUCGUCGACGACCAGCAGCAGCAGCACAGCCACCAUCACAGUUCCGGCCGCGGUUCCAGCACCAGCUCCGACUACGAUAACUGCGGUAUCUCCGCUGCAACAGCUGAUUAGCAACAAUGGCACCUUGCCGCGAAGCAGUCCCAGGAAGCUGCUGCUGGAGGCGGGCGAUUGCCACAAUCGAUCGGCCACCCUGACGCGCCAGAGCAAGCCGAGCAAGCCGGCCAAACAGCAGAACGUCUGCGCCCUGGCCAAGGUGUCCAGCAGCGUGGAGCUGGCGGUGCUCGGCUACAGCAGCAGCGGCAACGGCUCGACUGCCGCCGAGCGGGAUCGCUGCAUCAAUGCGGUCAUAGAAUUGUUCCAGCAGCUGCAGACCAGCUCGGAGCCAGCUCUGUGCCCGGAGCCACUGCGUCGCGCCUUGGCCAGCGGCCCGCUGGCCGGCCGUCGCUUCCCACUGGGCUGCCUGGGCGAUGCCGCCGAGUGCUUUGAGCUGCUGCUCCAUCGCGUCCACUCGCACAUCUCGCCCGACGACGGCGACUCGUGCGAGUCACCGGCCUGCAUUGCCCAUCGCCGCUUCGCGAUGCGCGUCAUCGAGCAGAGCGUCUGCAAGUGCGGCGCCAACUCCGAGCAGCUGCCCUUCACACAGAUGGUGCACUAUGUGUCAGCCUCGGCGCUGACCUCACAGAAGAGCCUCGCACUGCAGAACCAUCAGCAGCUGAGCUUCGGCCAGCUGCUGCGCGCCGCGGGCAACAUGGGCGACAUACGCGACUGUCCGAACACUUGCGGCGCCAAGAUUGGCAUUUGCCGGGCGCUGCUCAAUCGGCCGGAUGUCGUCUCCAUUGGCAUUGUGUGGGACUCGGAGCGACCCGCCGCCGACCAAGUGCACGCGGUGCUCAAAGCUGUGGGCACCAGCCUCCGGCUGGCCGAUGUCUUUCAUCAGGUCAGCGAACAGCGCUGGGCCCAGCAGGCGCAGCACGAGCUGGUCGGCAUUGUCUCCUACUACGGCAAGCACUACACCACCUUCUUCUUUCACACCAAGCUGAAGGUGUGGGUCUACUUCGAUGACGCCAACGUCAAGGAGGUCGGCCCCAGCUGGGAGGGUGUCGUCGACAAGUGCAGUCGCGGCCGCUACCAGCCUCUGCUUCUGCUCUACGCCGUGCCCCAGCCGCCCAGCUCAGCUGCCGCCGGCGUCGCCGCCAACAAUUGCGGCCUGGAGCUGACGUCGGUGCGACGCGCUGUUACGCCCAGCCCGGAGAAGCCCAGCCUGGGCAGCACGAGGCGCGCCAUUACGCCGACGCCGACGCCACUGGCCACGCCCACAGCGCUGCGUGCGCCCCUCAAUGACUACCAGAACCUGAGCGUCAUCCAGAAGAACAUCUUUCCGGCCGGGCCGGCUGCCACCACGACGGUGGGCAGCGACGAGACGGAUGCUUACAUCAGCCGGAAGACCGUGGAGCAUGUGUUGAGCGCACAGUAUCAGAAUCUGAGCGUCAUCCAGGACAAGAUCGUUGCCGUUGGCGACAAGGAGGGCGGCUUCCUUAACCGCAAGCCCAUCGAGGCGAUGUUGAGCGCCCAGCUGGCGCGCCGCCAGCAUCUGCAGCUGCAGCGCAGCCAUAGCGCCGAGUCGAGCUCGGGCCAUGCGAGCGGCGCCUCCAAUGGCAGCUCGCCGCCCAGCGACGGCCUGACCAUACCGGAGCAUCUCAAUCAGCCGAGGCGACGCGACUCUGGCAACUGGUCCGGGGAUCGCAACAGCGCCAGCUCCGCCAGCUCCACAACCCUGGACAAUCCCUAUCUGUACAUGGUCGCCAAGCGGGGCGUCUCCGCCGUGCCCCAGAGUCCCACGCGUCAUGGACUGCCCUACGACGCCGGCUACGACUCCUUCUCGCUCAGCUCGACGGAUUCGUAUCCGCCCAAACAUGCGCUCAAUCCCCAGCUGGCCAAAAUACCAGAGGCAGCUGCGGGUGCGGCUGCGGGCGUGACAACCAACGGAGCUGUCCAUGCACACGGACAGGGACACGGAAACGGACACGGUCUGGCGCUGACCGGCGACUGCGAGAAGCUGUGCCAUGAGGCCGACCAGCUGCUGGAGAAAUCGCGUCUGGUCGAGGAGUCACACGAUCUGGAAACGGCGCUCGUCCUAUGCAAUGCGGCUGCGGGCAGAGCCCGUGCGGCCAUGGACGCACCGUACAGCAAUCCGCACACGAUGACGUUCGCCCGGAUGAAGCACAACACGUGCGUGAUGCGAGCCCGAAGCCUGCAUCGGCGCAUACUGGUCGAGAAGGGCGCCGAGAGCGAGGCGAUGCCCGAGCUGAAGCAUAUGCGCGAGGGCAGCAACAGCUCCGUGAAGCAUAUGCGCCAGAACAGCAAGGAUCGAACGCUGGACAAGCUGGAGAAACUGGAGCCGAGCGCCGCGGCAGCCAAGAGCAUCGAGAUCUAUGCGACGCUGCCCAAGCGCAAGAGUCCAUUAAAGCCGCUCGCCACGGAUGACAAUGCCAUCGAGUAUGAGCACCAGCUGGCCACCAGCCAGGCAAAGCCGGAGCGCGAGAGCCGCUCGCUGUUCGGCCGUCGCGACAAGGACAAAGACAAGGAUAAGGAGAAGGAUAAGGAUAAGGAGAAGGAGAAGCGUAGCCGCAGCGAGGAUCGCAACAAGCUGACGCGCGAGUUCUCGCUGACGGAGACGCUGCUGGUGAAUGCCAAGGACACGCUCAAGAAGCACAAGGAGGACAAGGACGAGAAGAAGGAGAAGGACAAAAGUGGCAAGAAACAGCACAAAAUACGACGCAAACUUCUCAUGGGCGGCCUGAUACGCCGCAAAAAUCGCUCCAUGCCCGAUCUCACCGAGGCCGUCGACGAUGCUGCCGGCGCCGCCGCCCCCAAUGCCAGCCCACAUGCCACGCCCACGGCGCCAUUGACCAGCUCCGUGGACGACAGCGCCGUCGGCCUGAGCCUGCACGGCCAUGCCAAGCACGGCCACGCCUACAAUGCCGCCUUGGCCAUGAGCAGCGGCUACAUCUCGGAGGGGCAUUUCGACUACUCGAAGAACGGCGGCGCCCAGAAUCCGCAAUCGAUGUCGGCACAGUCGAGCGCCAAUCCGAAUCUGGAGCGCAGCAAGCUGAUGCGCAAGAGCUUUCACGGCAGCGGCCGGCAGCUGACCAUGGUGCCCAAGGUGGCGCCGCCGCCGCCCAUGCGCACCAGCUCCUCCCUGACCCCCCAGCAGCAGCAGCAGCAGCAGCAACAGUUCCAUCACGAGGCCAAUCUGUCGAACAUCUCGGCCAUGAGCUCGAAUACAUCGAUUAGCGAGGAUUCAUGCCAGACGAUCAUCACGACCUGCGCCCAGGUGCACUCCGAGCAGAGUCCGCUCAAGGAUCUCCAACUGCAGAUGACGCCCUACGACGAGCUCGACGGCCUGGCCCUGCCCAUGACCAUGCCGCCGCCUCCACCGCCACCGCCAUUAGAGCUGCCGCCGUAUCCGAGUCCGCCGCAAUCGGUGUGCCAUUCGCGGCAGGCCAGCGAGGAUUUCCCACCACCGCCGCCGCCCGAGAUCGAUCUGGAGCCGCUCAACCAGCAGCUGAACCAUCUGCAUGCCUUGGAGGCGGCCAGCAAGCAGCAGCGCCAGCAGCUGGACUCGCUGGAGGGCACCACCAGCAUUCUGGCACAGCUGCAGCAGCGCCAGCAUCUGCUCAAGCUGCGCAAGGAGCAGGCCACGCCCAUGCCCGAUCUCAGAGCAAUGCAACGCAAGCAGGAGGCGUCCUCGCCCAGCAGCGUCCGAGAUCUGGCCCAUCGCUUCGAGCAGACCAGCUCCGGCAGCACAAUGCGCUCCUAUGCCUCCCAAGAACUACUGAGUCCCGGAUCCAGCUCCGGCGCCCAGCUGCGCACACAGAUGAAUGGCCUGCCCAACGGCAAGCCGGAAACGGAUGAGGUGGACUGUGCGCCCGUCCGCCAGCAGCUGCUGCCGAAGCCCAAGUACGAGAUGUCGCAGUCACAGAUCGCCGAGGAGAUACGCGAGGUGGAACUCCUCAACACAAUGGUGCAGCAGACGCUCAACCAGACCAAUUUGGCGCCACAGAAGCGCGUGAAAAAGAAGAGCGUCUCGUUCUGCGACCAGGUCAUUCUGGUGGCCACCGCCGGCAACGAGGAGGACGACGAUUUCAUACCCAAUCCAAUACUGGAGCGCGUGCUGCGCACUGCCCAGCAUCCCAACGAGAAGGUCACCGCGCAGCUCAUCCAGCAGCAGCAGCAGAAUAUGCUGCGAUUGCAGACGGAACCGCAGCCGCGACACCAGCAACAGUUGCCGCCGCAGCAGCAACAGUUGCAACAACAACAGUCGUCGCCCAUGCUGGGCAGGCCGGAUAUGCAGCGUUAUGUGCAGCGACAGCAGCAACUGCUGCAGCAACAGCAACAGCAGCAACAGGAGCUGUUUCGCCUGCAGCAGCAGCAACAGUUGCAGCAGCAGCAGCAAUUGCAGCAGCAACAGUUGCAGCAGCGCACCAGCAUGAGCGGCCUUUCGAGCCAGCAACAGCAGCUGGAUGCACAGUACACGAGCAUGCCCAGGCCCCCACUGCAUCAGCUGCCCCAAAGCUAUUCCGUGCAGAAGCAGCAGCAACAGUUGCAGCAGCAGCAGCAACAGUUGCAGCAGCAGCAGCAACAGUUGCAGCAGCAGCAGAUAAGCCUCGCCUACUUCAGCAAUGGCAACGUGGCCGAGCAGCCGCUGCCCUCGCCCUAUCAGCGCGUGCCCCUGCCGCAUGGUUAUCAGCAGCAGCAGCAGCAGCCCACAGCCGGCUUCUAUGCGCCCCCGCAGCAACAACAGCAGCAGCAACAGCAACAGCAACAGCAGCAGCAGCAGCUGGUCAAUGGCAAGCCAGCGCAGAAGAAGGUCAGCUUUGAGCCCGGCACCAAGGGCGAAACGGAGGGACUACCACUGCCACCGCCAGCAUCUCAGACGAAGUUGUCGCUGCAGAACGGUCUGCCGGAGUCGGCGGCCGGGAUCACAGCCAUCAUACCCACCCGCGUCUACAACAAUGCCAUUGUGAAGGCCUCCGCGAAGGCUGUCGAAUGUAAUCUGUGCCGCAAGCGGCACGUGAUUGCGCCCGCCGUCUACUGCACCAACUGCGAGUACUAUCUGCAGAUGCUCAACCAGCGCAGAUGAUGAUGAUGAUGAUGCAGUGCAUCAUGAGGAUGAGUGUAAAUAGAGCCAAAAGGAAGCAGCAGCAGCUGCGGAUGGCGGAGCAACAGUCUCUUUUAUGUUAGCGCAUAGAUGUCCGAACUGUUACAGCCACGCCUACGGCCACGCCUACUGCACGCACGCACACGCACACACACACAUGUUCCCAGCACACACACAUAUAUGCUUAUCUGUCCAUAUAUCUAACACACGUCGCUCGCAACGAACAUUAACAACAAGAACAACAACAACACAUGACUAACUCCAUCCAGCCAGGCUUCCGCAAACCUCUUAUAUAUUAUUUUUAUGCAUAUUUGCUGAUUUUUUUAUUAUAACAUUUAAGUUAAGAUCGUCUUUUUUUUUGCUAGCCCUACGCAAGUUUGAAACUCAGCCGCUGAGCUUCCGCCGCCGGAAAGUUGUCGAACGACUACCGGAAGAGUUUUUUUUUUUUUUUUAUAUACAAUAUG